AUGUCGGUUGACGACCUAGAAAUCAUGCGCGAGUAUGAAAUCUCCGUCAAUUUGGAAGAGAAAGAGAAGGCUGACAAGCUCGAAACCCAGCUCAACGUCAUGAAAGAGCAACUUAACACAAUUGUCAAAGCUAUUGAACUGGCAUCUACUGAUGACCCUGAAGAUAUGAAACUUACUGAAAAGGUAUUCACGCAUUUCGAGAUCAAAGAUAAGGUUCCGUCACGUAAUUCAUAUUUAGUUAAGAGAUAA